AUGGGAGAGGCAUCGCCGGAGUCCAGCGGCGCGGUGGCCGGAGGGCCGUCUGUCCCGGGGCCGCCGAGGAAGGGGAAGUCGUGCAAGGGCUGCCUCUACUACUCGUCGGUGCUCAAAUCCCGGGGAUACAACCCCAUCUGCGUGGGGAUCCCUCGCUCCAUCCCCCAAGUCCCGGGCUUCGUGGUGGAAGAGCCUAGGGAGGAGGCCGCGGCGCAGGGGCAUGAUCUGAGACAGUUCAAAUACGCCUGUGCCGGUUACUCCAUGUUCGUCGACGACAGAGACGCCAAAAGCGGCGAGAAUGACGCCAAGGCGCUGUUGCCGUAUUGCCAGGGCCUCGAGCUAUUGGUGGACAGCAGAAUGGUCGAGAGAAAAUCACCCGCUGUAGAGCAUGCUUCAACGCGUACUGCUGCUGCUGCUGCUGCUGCCACGCAGCCUCUGGAGCAAGGACAGCGACCACAGCUGGCGAGACAGGAAUUCAUGGCGAGGAAAGUUACCGUUCCAGCCCUCCCCUCCCCUAUCUUCACGUUCAGGAGGAGCGCCGGGCUGGUGGCCUCAGGGGUCGCCAAGAACCUCAACAAAACGGGCAGCUACAUCAAGCAAAACGUCGAGGACAUAUUUUCCCCUGACCGACGGCCACCACCCAAGCAGUAG